UACCACGGAAGUUGUUUGAUAUACGAACCUCACCUUCGCUCAUAUGUGUGCAAAUAAAUAUAUGUAGAUUGGAGAGAGAGAGAGAGAGAGAGAGAGAGAGAGAGAGAGAGAGAAAAGGAAAGCUACUGAAGAGAGAGAAGAAGAAGAAGAAGCUGGAGCCAUUCAGAAAGCGAAGCUCAUGAGAGAAGAAUCCUAAGUACUAAAGAUUGAAUCUUUUUCGUCUCUGUGUGCUAGUGAGUGUGUGUUUUUGUGCGCAAGAGAGAGAGAGAGAGAUGGGAAUGGGAUUCACAGCCAAGAGCAAAGGCAGCAGCGGCGGCGGCGAUGGGUGGGGAACGGGAUUCCUCUUAGUUUUCUUCCCUGAGGAAGACCAUAACCACCAUCAACACCAAACCAGCACCAAAAAGCCCAACAAUUUCAAUCUCUCAUCUUCACCUCUCAUGCGUACAAAUUCAACCAAUCUCCUCCACAAAGCCCAAUCCACAAUCUCCAUUUGCUUGCUCCUCCUCUUCACCACCCUUCUCCUCUUCACACUCUCCACUCUGCCCUCCUCCCCCCCCGCCGCCCGCCGCCUCUACGCUGUCCCCAGACGGCAGCUCUCUUCCAGACCCCAAGAAUUUUCCUCUUCACCUUCCAAUUUGUCGCACGCAUUGCAGGGAAUGGGGACUCUGUACAGAAGAGGCACCAGAGCAAUGAGCGACCUCGUUGUGGCUCAUGCACUUGACUCCCUCUCUCUACACGAGUUGAAGCUUUUCCUCAGACUCUUUUACAGGUCUAGCCUCGCUUCAAGAUCCGAUCUUCUCUUCAUUUUCCCAUCGAAAAUCGCUGACUUUGACAAUGCGAUUCUUCAAGAGAACGACUCGUUCUUGAAGCUCUUAGCGGAGUACAGUGAGAAAUCGGGUAACAGUUCUCACUCUCCGGAUGGUUUUGACCCGACCCAGUUCGUGAAACCGAGUAAGAAAGAGAAAGAAAGUGGAGAACCAAUCUGGGGCAGACGAAUUCGAGCCAAUCUCAGCGAGGACGGUGGAGCUGAGUCGACUCAUCCGAGUUACGGCUCGGUGGUGGGUUUUGAUGUGGAGGAGCUUGACCCGGAGAAUUCUUUAUCCGGGUUCUUGGAUCAUGUUCCGAUGAGUUUAAGAAGAUGGGCUUGUUACCCGAUGUUAUUGGGUCGGGUCAGAAGGAACUUUAAGCACGUAAUGUUAGUGGACUUAAAGGAAAUGUUGCUUCUGGGUGACCCACUCGGUCGGGUUAGGAGUCAGAGCCCCGAGUCAGUCCUCCUGACCCAAUCAACAACGUCCGGCAAGCAUGUGAAGAGAAACUCGGAUAAAAAUCAGCCAACCCGGCAAAAGACAGUCCACCCGGGUAUUAUAAUGGGCGGGUCAAGAGGGGUUCGGAGAUUAUCAAACGCAAUGCUGACGGAUAUCGUCCGAGCAUCCAUGCAGCACAAGAAGAGGAAUGCGGUUAGCGAGUCGGGUCUUUUCAACCAACUCGUUGGAAACGACUUCAUACUAAAGAAUGUGAACUUGAUAGUGUCGGGUGAGACAGUACCCGACUUGAAUUCAGCGGGCGGGUCAAACUCAAAAUUGGGUCGUCAUUUGUUCACCAAGAACCACACGGUGAUUAGGCGGGGCAAUAGUAAUUUGGAUGUGAAUUCUAUGGUAAUGAGGCAUAUAUGUUCAUUCCCUAUAGAUUCUACAGUUUAUAGUGAUUGCUAGAGGUGAAAGAACAACAAUGAUCCUGGAAAAGGGUAUUAAAGUAAUUUUUGUUGGUUUUAUAGGAUUUGUUCAUACCACAGUUGUAAUAAAAAAAAAAAAACCAAGUUUUGGUUAUAUAAGUUUCCAAAUUGUUCUCUUUUUGUUUUUCA